AUGGGGAACUCUGAGUCCACUUGUUCUCCACAUGAAGACGCUUGCAAAGAAGCCGAGACUAAGCUGGAGGAGUGUGCGCUGGCUUACUUGGCUUCCAAGGUUGAUGAAAUCGCUACCAAAGGGUUUAAGGGUUUCGAAGCCGCCUUCAAUGACGACUACAAUAAGUAUACGGACUACAUGAUAGGGGGUGCUUGCAAAGAAUCAUAUAUGAACUGGGUAGAAUCCACUAAUAAUGAUUCUGGUGAUUUGAUAGAGUGUGUGGAGGCCCACUCUGAUUACUAUCAUAAGUUUAUCGACUUCUACAAAGGUGCUCAGGAACAAGUAAUUAAAGAAUUUGACUCCAUCAUGGAGGAGGAAUCUCCUAUUAGGGCUCAAGAGUUCUUUGGAGAUUGUUGCAAAGAACAAUUCUCGGCUCUUUUGAAAUGCUUAAUGAAGCAGAUCUAG